GUGUUCUGUUCCUCCUCUGUAAAUUUUCAGAAUGGCCUCAAAGCUUAAACCUUUCAUCAAUCUCCGUCGCUACACACCAAAUCGAUCACUAUCCUCAAACCCCUCUUCCCAGUCGAACUACAGGAAGCAAAUCUCACUCGCGAACCUCCUCCAACGUCACGGGUUCCCUCCCUCUUUUCUCCAACACUUCCUCUCUAAAAACACCUUCCUCUCAAACUCAGAUCUAUCCGACACCGAAGCUUCUCUCUCCAUCUUACUAUCCCUCAAACUCCCUCAGAAACAACUCGUUUCAUUGAUCCACGACUGCCCCAACGUCCUCCGACCAAACUUCCUGGAAAAAUGGAGACUUCCUCUCUCUGGUCUCUCCUCAUCUUCAGCCAUCAAAAGCGUCCUCGAACACUCGAGUAGAUUCGGGAUCAACCCAGAUAAGUUUCACCAAUGCACUAUGGUACUAAAAGGUUUAGGCUUUUGCGAUAGUACUGUAAGUAAAGUUCUUGAAGCCUUCCCUAACGUUCUUGCGAUGAACGAGGUUGAGAUUCGCAGAAAGGUUGAGUUUUUAGUUGGAAUCGAUGUUCCUAACGUUGAGAGGUUCUUUCACGUUUUUCCUGAGAUCUUAGGGAUUAGUAUUGACUCCAAGCUUAAGCCGUUACUCGAUGAGUUUAUAAGGAUCGGGUUUAGUAAAGAGGAGAUCAAGAAAGAGAUUUUCAGAGAGCCGAGGGUUCUUGGUUUAGAGUUGGGAGAGCUUUCAAGAUGUUUGGAGUUGAUCAAGUCGUUGAAAUGCCGUGAAGUGAUUAAAGAUGAGAUUCUUAAAGAAGGAUUGUUUCGUGCAGGGUUUGAAGUGAAGGUUAGAGUUGAUUGUUUAUGCAGACACGGGUUGAUUCGGAGAGAGGCCUUCAAGGUCGUGUGGAAAGAGCCGAGGGUGGUUUUGUACGAGGUGGAUGAGGUUGAGAAGAAGGUUGAGUUUUUGACUAACAGGAUGGGGUUUCAUGUGAAGUGUUUAGCUGAUGUGCCGGAGUAUCUAGGGGUGAAUUUUCAGAAGCAGAUUGUGCCGAGGUACGAUGUGGUUGAGUACUUGAGGCUUAGAGGCGGGCUUGGGUGUGAUGUUGGGUUGAAAGGUUUGAUUAAACCGAGUAUGAAGAGAUUCUAUAACUUGUAUGUGAAGCCGUAUCCGGAGUGUGAAAGAAUCUUUGGGAAGAGGAGGGAGGAUGCAAGGGUGAGGAAGCAGCGACAUCCUGCUGGGCUUUGGAAGCUUAUGAAGCCGCCUUGUCAUGUAACAACGGAGGAAGAUGUUGUGAACAUGAAGUCUUUUGUAGGGUCGCUUGCUUAGUUAGAUGCGAUCUUGCACUGCUUGAAAAUUGGCCAUUCUUGGUGGACUCUCGCUCCCUGUAUUUUCAACGAGCUGCUGUGAGUCGAUAUGUGUUAUCUAGAAACUCCCUUGAGCUAUCUAAACUGAUUUUAGUUCCCUUUGAGUUAAUGACUUGAUUAUUCAGAGGACAAUGCAUCCUCUUUGUAAUCAUGCUCACCACUUAUGCAUCUACCAACGGCACAUUGCCUUUUGUUUCAA